ACACAAGACUUUUCUUAUGUCUCUGUGUUAUUCUUAUAAAAGCAAACAUCGUUUGGAGGUUUUACGCUACACUCCAUAACCCAAAGAACAAGUUAGAAGAAACACACACAAAAGAAGAAGAAGAUGAAACUUAUUUGGUCACCGGAAACAGCAUCAAAGGCUUACAUCGACACCGUUAAAUCGUGCGAGAGUCUUGCAACGCCGGGAUCGGCGGAGCUAGUGGCCGCGAUGGCGGCGGGAUGGAACGCGACUCUGAUCGUGGAAACAUGGUCAGAAGGAGAAACCAUAGCCAUAAGCGUUGGUUUAAACGUAGCGAGACAACACACAAACGCAAGACACAUAUGUAUUGUACCAAACGCGAGAUCAGAAAACGCUUAUCUUCAAGCCAUGAGACAACAAUCUUGCUCCAACUUGCCGGAGACAAUCGUUAUGAACGAGGAACAAGAAGCAACCGAGAACACGAUGCAGAAGCUACAAGGUAUCGAUUUCUUGGUAAUUGAUUGGGAUCAAAAGGAAUUCGCAGCAAACGUUUUGAGAAACGCUGCGUUUGGUAGCCGAGGAGCGGUUGUGGUCUGCAGAAGCGGUUACAGGAGAAGCACUUCGUGUUUCAGUUGGACAAAAGCUUUUAGUGACCGGAAAGUUGUGAGAACGGUGACUCUUCCGGUUUCCGGUGGACUAGAAAUCGCUCAUGUGGCGGCGGCGAGAAGCUCUGGGAAGAGUGAUAACAACAGCAAGAGAAAAUGGAUCAAGCAUAUUGAUCAAAGAUCAGGAGAAGAACAUGUUAUUAGAAAGUGACUAUACAGAGAAAAAACAGUGUGGAGUGAUAUGUUUGAUAUUUUCCGUGUUUAUGAUUUGUAUGAGAGUGAUUUGUACAUAAAACCCAAUAUAUUGCAAUAUUUAUUGGAAGAUUUGAUUGUUGUGUUACAAUUACAUUGAAUUUCAAGGAAAUGACAUAAUAAUCAUCUAAGUUAAAGCUUUAGAAUCAA